ACCGGGGCGCGCAGAAAUAUAGUCCUCCCUAUCUUAACGCCGCCGAUUUGGCGGAGUGAUCCUGGCUCGCGAGGCCUAUAUAAGAGACUGCCCGGUAGCUUGGCGCAGUUAGAACAAGUUGUUUGUUGCGGGUGUAAGUUUGUUGUCUGCUUGGACCAGCUCAGGCCGUACGAGAAGAUGCAGAUCUUUGUGAAGACCCUGACUGGCAAGACCAUUACACUGGAGGUGGAGCCCAGUGACACCAUAGAGAAUGUGAAGGCCAAGAUCCAGGAUAAAGAAGGCAUUCCCCCUGAUCAACAGAGGCUCAUCUUUGCUGGCAAGCAGCUGGAAGAUGGCCGCACCCUCUCUGACUACAACAUCCAGAAAGAGUCCACCCUCCAUCUUGUGCUGCGUCUCAGGGGAGGCAUGCAGAUCUUUGUGAAGACCCUGACUGGCAAGACCAUUACGCUGGAGGUGGAGCCCAGUGACACCAUAGAGAACGUGAAGGCCAAGAUCCAGGAUAAGGAAGGCAUUCCCCCUGAUCAACAGAGGCUCAUCUUUGCUGGCAAGCAGUUGGAAGAUGGCCGCACCCUCUCUGACUACAACAUCCAGAAGGAGUCCACCCUCCACCUUGUGCUGCGUCUCAGGGGAGGCAUGCAGAUCUUUGUGAAGACCCUGACUGGCAAGACCAUUACCCUGGAGGUGGAGCCCAGUGACACCAUAGAGAACGUGAAGGCCAAGAUCCAGGAUAAGGAAGGCAUUCCCCCUGAUCAACAGAGGCUCAUCUUUGCUGGCAAGCAGCUGGAAGAUGGCCGCACCCUCUCCGACUACAACAUCCAGAAGGAGUCCACCCUCCAUCUUGUGCUGCGUCUCAGGGGAGGCAUGCAGAUCUUUGUGAAGACCCUGACUGGCAAGACCAUUACCCUGGAGGUGGAGCCCAGUGACACCAUAGAGAACGUGAAGGCCAAGAUCCAGGAUAAGGAAGGCAUUCCCCCUGAUCAACAGAGGCUCAUCUUUGCUGGCAAGCAGUUGGAAGAUGGCCGCACCCUCUCUGACUACAACAUCCAGAAGGAGUCCACCCUCCAUCUUGUGCUGCGUCUCAGGGGAGGCAUGCAGAUCUUUGUGAAGACCCUGACUGGCAAGACCAUUACGCUGGAGGUGGAGCCCAGUGACACCAUAGAGAACGUGAAGGCCAAGAUCCAGGAUAAGGAAGGCAUUCCCCCUGAUCAACAGAGGCUCAUCUUUGCUGGCAAGCAGCUGGAAGAUGGCCGCACCCUCUCCGACUACAACAUCCAGAAGGAGUCCACCCUCCAUCUUGUGCUGCGUCUCAGGGGAGGCAUGCAGAUCUUUGUGAAGACCCUGACUGGCAAGACCAUUACCCUGGAGGUGGAGCCCAGUGACACCAUAGAGAACGUGAAGGCCAAGAUCCAGGAUAAGGAAGGCAUUCCCCCUGAUCAACAGAGGCUCAUCUUUGCUGGCAAGCAGCUGGAAGAUGGCCGCACCCUCUCUGACUACAACAUCCAGAAGGAGUCCACCCUCCAUCUUGUGCUGCGUCUCAGGGGAGGCAUGCAGAUCUUUGUGAAGACCCUGACUGGCAAGACCAUUACGCUGGAGGUGGAGCCCAGUGACACCAUAGAGAACGUGAAGGCCAAGAUCCAGGAUAAGGAAGGCAUUCCCCCUGAUCAACAGAGGCUCAUCUUUGCUGGCAAGCAGCUGGAAGAUGGCCGCACCCUCUCCGACUACAACAUCCAGAAGGAGUCCACCCUCCAUCUUGUGCUGCGUCUCAGGGGAGGCAUGCAGAUCUUUGUGAAGACCCUGACUGGCAAGACCAUUACGCUGGAGGUGGAGCCCAGUGACACCAUAGAGAAUGUGAAGGCCAAGAUCCAGGAUAAGGAAGGCAUUCCCCCUGAUCAACAGAGGCUCAUCUUUGCUGGCAAGCAGUUGGAAGAUGGCCGCACCCUCUCUGACUACAACAUCCAGAAGGAGUCCACCCUCCAUCUUGUGCUGCGUCUCAGGGGUGGUUAAUUACUACUAAGUUGCUGUUUGUUUCCAUCCACUCAAGUGAAACUUCACUGCACUUUGUUUCAAUAAAGCUGUUGCAUUCCCACA